UAUUAGUUCGACGGACUCUCAUAUGUAUAUUAAUUUAUGAUAAUUAACGCAGGUGGCAUUUUAAGAUGCCGAGCAUCAUGGAAGGAUGUAUAUUGAUCUUGUCCAGAGCUGGCACGGGCACUGCAAUGUUUAACAUGGGGAUCUUCAUGGCUUUGCAGGAAAAGUUGAUAGCCUGCGGCACAAGCUUGACUAUUUUUGGGAUGGUUUUGAAGUUCAUUGCAGGACCUGCGGCUAUGGCAAUUGGCGCCGUUGCUGUGGGCCUGCACGACGACGUUUUGCGGGUCGCCAUCAUUCAGGCAGCAUUGCCACAAUCAAUUACAUCCUUCAUCUUCGCCAAAGAAUAUGGGUUACAUGCAGAUGUCCUUAGUACUGCGGUCAUCUUUGGAACCAUAGUGUCCCUUCCGGUAAUGAUCGCUUAUUACGCAGUUAUGGAGUUGGUACAUUAACCACUUUACUAUUGUGAAGGAAAAAAUAGUAUAGUGCACGUAAUACUCCUCCUCAGUUCAACGAAGGUCUUUGAGAUGAUGUAUAUGCCUGUCUUGUGUACUAGCUGCCCAAAAUUUCUUGUAGGCAAUGAAUUUGUGAAAAAAUCUGCAAGAAUAUUACUUGUACUGAUCUGUUAGACGUCUAUUUCACAAGUGUUUUUGAGUUCACGUGCAUUUUGGUUCUUAUCUGUUUUCUUGUGCAUCGUAAGAAAAAUAUCUAGCUAUC